CUCAAUAGUUUAUGUUUCAUGAACGUUUGCUUGCAAAAGUUGGGAAGUUGGAGACGUAUUGUAUCUAGCGGGAAAUUUGAUAUUUUGUUGUAGUGAGUUUUACAAUGUAUUACUUAGAGUAAAAUAGACCUGGGUUUCCAGAAAGAUGAGUGUUGUAUCAUGACAACUGAGAUGAAACAAUGACCCUUCUUAGUGUAGGACUGUGCCCAGCAUUGACAAAAGAAACAGUAGAUGCACUGAAUGGUGGAGGAAUAAAAACAGUGCUGGAUUUUAUCUGCGCAGAUGUUGAAGACCUGGCUCAGAAAUGCUCCAUCUCAUACAAGGUUUUGCAAUCAAUCAGGAGAUUGUUGCUUGCCCAGUAUUCAUCCUUCCCCGUCAAUGGAGCUGAUCUCCAUGACGACGUGAUGUCAUCAGUUGCUAUCCUAUCAACUGGAUGCAGCAGUCUUGACGAGUUACUCGAUGGAGGUCUGUACACAUCAGAGUUGACUGAGAUAACAGGAGGUCCAGCAACAGGCAAAACACAGCUGUGCAUGACCACAGCAGCCAGUGUAGCUACUACAGCUCAGCAGAAUGUCUUAUACAUUGAUACUAAUGGUGGGUUCAGCAGCCAAAGACUACAAGACAUCAUGGCAGCGAGAGGCAACACAGACAAGAUCAUGGCAGCGGCUUUCCAGAGGCUGCGCUGCGCCAGGACCUUUGACCUUUUUGAACUCCUCAGCUUGUUGGAAAUGACCAAGUCGUCCAUGGACAGUGGUAGCGAUGCCUUCUACGCGUCACUGAAGCUGGUAGUAGUAGACUCGGUGACUGCAGUCGUUGCUCCGGUGCUAGGGGGUCAGCAGACAGAAGGUCAUGGUAUGAUGAUACACCUUGCUAGAUCACUCAAAGCUCUGGCUGUGGAGUAUUCAGUCGCUGUUCUUCUGACCAAUAACCAAGUCCGAGGUGACGGUACCCAGCGCAAGCCAGCCCUUGGUCGUACCUGGUCCCAUGUACCGCACUGUCGCCUGCUCCUCACUCAUGAUAGAUCGGACGAUGCUAGUUUGUGUACUGUUAACCGUCCAAUCAACAGGGAGGCCAGGAUUAUCAAGUCCGGAAGACAGCCUAUCAAUGUGAGUUGCACCUUUAAGAUUGACGACUCAGGCAUCUGCAGUUGACAUCCAGUAGCAUCAUUGUCAUAUGGUGUAGGAAGAAGUCAACUUUCUGACUUCAAACCUGCUGUUGUAAUUUGUUGAAGUCCAUGGAUUGAUCCACAUUUCAGUGCACCCUCAUGAGCUGAAUGGGGUAUGAUUAGGAUCAGGUUGAAAAGGUUGCAAUAGCGGUACUUUCCUUGCCUCCCACCGGGUUCGAUUCCCGACUAAGCCAACAUGUGGAUUUGGUUUUCAAGUUCUUGUAUCUGAUUCUGAUCCACAAUUUGCAUCCUCUAAUCCGCCCAACUGGCCCGACGAACAGUGGAACCUGGAAUGGAAGAAGAAUAACUCAUCUCCGCUACAUACAGUCACAAACAAAGAAACCUCCAGGCCAUAAACUUGACCGUUCCACCUGGGUCAAACUCAACAGACUUUGCUGUGGCUGGUGUCGCACGAAGGACUUCAUGGUCAUGAUUGAGCAGAAUAAGAGUCAGGCCUCGUUGAGUGUGACCGCAUUCAGACCGUAGAGCACCUGAUCUCAAGAUGCCGUCUCUACAAAAACCCUCACAGGAAGAAUGGCUUGAGGCACUUGAAUGAAGACACUAAUGACUGGCUGAAGAAUCUACAAGUGCACCUGUCAUCUUCAAACGAAUGACGAUCUGAAUCUGUGGGUUUUUUCUAAGAAUUAUUUUUGGGGAGUUUCCCAAAAAUGAAAUGUCCUUCCUAAUAAUUCGAGUUUCGUGGACUAUCCUUGCUGAAUGCCAAAUAAAAAUUUAAAAAUUGUUUUGGAUAUGUUUACAUCUUGGCUUGCAAGUGCUGAAAAUAUAGAAAAUUGCAUGUUCGGGACUACUUUUGUGCAGAGACAAAUACUAGCAAGUGAUUAUUGUAGUUUGUGCGUCAUUCAGUUAGCAAUGGAUCAUCUUUUUUAGCGAGGGCAAACUCUGACCCACGUAAAUCAGAUUGUGAGCACCAUAGUAAAAAAAAAAAGUGAAAACACUUGAGCUCUCAGGAAGAUACUAAAUAGCGCCCUCUCUAGUUGUUACAGUGAAGGGAUAGACAUUUGAGAAUCCGUUCUUGUACGGGUGAAAGUCAUAAGAGCUGGUGUUGAGUUAUGGACUUGGUGCACAAGUGCCCCCUCUACGGUUACAAAGGGAGAGUUGGGGGAAGACCACUGUGAGGGACAUUUAAGCCAGCCUACUUCGUGUCAUUCCCGCGCACUCGGUACGUUUUCUUUCACACUUUUGUGGUAGGAUGUGGCCACAUUUUAGACGAGAGAUUUCAGAGCUCAACUUUGACGGAAAAACAAUAUCAAGAUAGCUGGAUUUUUAAUUUCCAAUUUUAUUUUAUUAUAUACACUUUUACAGCUGUAUCAACUGUAAAAUAAAUAAAUCAUUAAAUGAACGAUUGACAGAUAUCUACAAAUGGUAAAAACUCCAAGCAAAUUUGGUCACUGAAAAAAAGAAAGAUUUUUUUUUAAGUCCUUUUCUCAGUUUGAUGACACUCGCUGAUCAAAAUCACAUUUUGGCCUUUGAAUCCUGACACACUUUACAUGAAACAAAAUUAUGAUAAUGUCUGUUCACAUGGUCACUUUCAAACACAAGCAAAAAACAAGUUGUAUAAGCUUUUUACGAUGGAAUGUGCGUUGGGGAGAUGUAAAUUUGUUACUGGGUUUUGCCCUUCACAAACGUAUUUAUGAACACGCUAUAUUCAGUGUCCUCGGAGGGCUUGCGAGAAAAAUCACAGGCUUACUCGGGUGGGACUCAAACCCACAACCUCCUGCUUACUAGUGCAGACGCCUAUAAACUAUGUUGAACAAACUGCUUAUGCUACAUAACAUUUAACCAUUACAAGACUUGGUAAACUAGCUUCAUACGUAGGGAUACUCAAAAAGAAAACAAAGCUCUACAAAAUGAGUAUUAAAAAGGGAGGCAAGUUUUGCGGUUGCAAAAAAAGAAAGUCAAACUUCACAUGCAGGGUUUAAAAAUAAAGACUUCACCUGUAAUUAUAUUUGUCGAUUACAAAUAUUCAGUCCACAACAAAAGCUCUGGUCCAAAAAACAAGAUACUACCUAUCAAUAAGGUAUAAUUAGGAGCAAGUUCCAGUGAGGACUAUGAUUACUAUAGUUUGACUAACUUCAAUUGAACGUAGGAUGGUGGGACUAAGUCUAGUUGACUAUUUGGAACCGGAGUUUGGGGCUGAGUUCCAUCGCUGGUUACCAAUAGCCAUGUGAAUCACAAUGCCAGCAGGGAGCAAGGUUCAAAAGUUUCAUGACGACAUGUUUUACAAGAGUUUGACCAGAGGCGUAAUGUUUACCAGUUGCAUCAUGCCAAAACCACUUGUCGACUUGUGGUCCUUGAACUUGCUAAUGGAUUGAACUCAUCAAAAUAAGUAAACUUACAUCAAGACCAAGAAAGAAAGACUUUUGUGCACUUGAUGUUGAUUUGACAUUGUGCAUAUUUCAGUGUUGUUUCACUGGAUGGUUGACAGCGUGUCUUUAGCAGCUUGCAUUCUCUUC